AUCCAAGCCUAAGAUCCAGUCCGGGAAAUCCACGCUCCCGCUCGCGCUCAGGCUAAGCUAGGCUAGUUCAAAACUGCCCCGCUAACCGUUGCGUGUUCCCGGUGUCGCGGCCGCCGUUAAUGCGCUGGUGCGGUUCCAGUGGAGCGUUUCACUCAGCGGCUCACGCACCGUUUGAACGGGCGGUUGGGUGCUUGCACGUCGGCGGACGCGGCAGUGGGUUUGGUCUCCGCCUGGCUCCGGUCUCGGCUAACGGCUAACCUCGCAGCCAAAAUGGCGGACAGUGAGGAUGACAGCGGUACGAGCAGAACAAUAACAGCCGCGGAGCCGCCGGGGGCCGCGGUUCAGACCCCGGCUCAGACCCCGGCUCCCCUGGACGCUUCGAGCGGGGAUUCAGAGCCACCACAGCCCGCCACACUCGUCACCCAGACGGCGGAGGAGGGACCGACAGCUGCCGCUGAACAGAGCGGUCAGACUGGGGAGACCUCGCAGUCCCUGCCCGCCGCUGAGGACAGUCAGCCAGAGGAUAGCGCUGCGGCGGGGUCCGGGGCUCCACUGGAGGAACUGCUCCAGACCUGCACGGAAGAACAGAGCAUCCUGGUGGGUACCGAGUUCACGGACCUGGCUAACACCACCAUCAUCUACGUGCAGCCGGACGGCAGCCUGGUGGAGGGCUCCGGGCUGACGGCCGAGGAGCAGCAGGCUCUGCUGGACCAGCUCACCAAGCAGCAGAUCGUCCAGGUCUCUGACACCGAGGCGGCCCAGCUCCUGCAGCAGAGCCACGUGGUCAAACCGGUCCACAACACCACCACUCUGGACCCCGGCCAGCUGCAGCAGGUCAUCACCCAGGUCACCAAGUCACAACACCAGGUCCAGGUGCCCCAGCAGCAGGUCCAGAUCCAGGUUCCCCAACAGCAAGUCCAGGUCCAGGUGCCCCAGCAGCAGGUACAUGUUCAAGUGCCACAGCAGCCGGUCCAGGUCCAGGUCCAGCAGGUCCACGUCACCCAGCCAGUCCAGGCCCAGCAGAUUGUGAAGCCCCUGGCUGCUCAGACUAACGCCUCCCAGCAGCUGAAGAAUGUGGCACAGCAGGUGGCCCUGCAGACCAGCAGCUCAGCCCAGCCGGAACCCGUCAGGAUCCAGAUCCAGGUGCCUUCUAAACAGGAGGUGAAGUCCAGCCCCACCCCCCAGCAGAAGACUGUAUCCGUCAGUCAUCCGCAGGUGAAGCUGUCGUCCAACGGCAGCGUGAGCAGCGCUCAGAUCAUCCACAUCCAGCCUGUGGUCGGUCAGCAGGGCCAGCAGUUCUUCCUGCAGCAGAGUCCCGGCGAGCCGCCCAUCCAGGUGCUGCUGCAGAGCCCCACCCCCGUCGUGGGCUCCCUGCUCCCAUUGGUCCACAAGCUGACGGGACAGCCGGCGUCGGCUGCUUCCAGUCUGACCCAGAAGUCUGCAAGUCCCAUCAAGGUCCAGACCACGUCCCCACUUAAAACCCCGCCCUCUGCCAUCAUCAAGACCCCGCCCACCACAGUAACCAAGACUAUUAGCGUGCCACUUAUCAAAACCCCGGUUAAAGGCAUGACGGCCACCGUCAGUAAAAGUCCCAUCAAACCACCGGCAGUUGUCACGACGUUCCCGGUCCAGACCGCUAGGCCUGCCGCCCGACCGGCCGCCGCCACCGCGGCCCAUCCUCAUGCAGUGAAGGACAGAGAACGAGAGAAGAAGGUCAAGAAAAAGGAGAAGAAGACGGUGAAAGUCCAGACCAGGUCCGGGCGUGUUUCCAGACCCCCAAAAUACAAAGCCAAAGACUACAAGUUCAUCAAGACGGAGGACCUGGCCGACAGCCACCAGUCGGACUCCGACGACUACUCCGACAUGAGCAUGGAGGAGGAGGACCCCGAGGGCGGGAGGAAGAGCGGCUCGGCCCCCGACGGCUCCACCUCCCUCACCUACGGCCACAAGUCGCGGUGUCACCGCUGUCGCACCUGCGACAAGUCCUACAUCGGCCCCGGGGGCCUCAACCGCCACUACAAACUCAACCCCACGCACGGAGAGCCCGAAGCGCCUGAAGCGCCCGGCGGCACGCCGUGCCCCCUCAAAGAGGACGGCCAAUCAGAGGAGGUGGAGGAGAAGAAGGAGGAGGAGGAAGAGGAGGAGGAGGAGGAAGAAAAAGAGGAAGAGGAGGACAAACCUGCUGCCAUAGCAGCAAGCAGAGCAGAGGGGGGACCAGCAGCAGCUGUGGGACUGCGGGGCCUCCAUCACCGGGGCCCCGGCCGUCCCCGAGGACGAGGGAGGGGGAGGGGCCGAGGACGUGGCAGAGGGCGGGGUCGCUCAUUGGGACCGCCCCCUAAGGUGUCCGUGGGUCAUGUGAGCCGACGGGGUCGCCGCGGUCGACCGCCGAAGCUCGUCACCGUGACAGCCACCGAGCAGCCGGCAGAGCGGAGCCACGAGCAGCUUCAGCAGCUGUUGGAUGAGUGUGAGGACGAGGAGCUGAUGGACCUCGUCUUUCCUCGUUUGACCCAAAGUUCUGAGUCUGUGGGAGCUGCUGCUGGCGAAGGUGGAGCGCGGCGGCCCCGCUCGGACACGCUUCCCAGACAUCUAUCGUGAGUUCGAGUCCCUGCAGGCUCAGGUGCGACAAGCGGCUCAGGAGUACAUCAGCAGCCCGCAGAGCGGAGCGUCUCCUCUGGAGGUCCGGAACAUCGAGGUUGCUCGCUCUCUGGGGAUCCUGGAUGAGGUGAACAGGAUGAAGGUGGUUCCCGGAGCGUCUCCCAGCUCCAGUCUGACCAAUAAGAACGCCCGAUACAUGGAG